AUGACUAAAAUCGACGUGCAUCACCAUUUCUACCCUCCGGCUAUGCGUCAAGCCUUGGAUCGUGCAGGAGGAGAUCCUUCCGGCUGGUAUAUACCCCCUUGGACACUGGAACUAGACCAGGACAUGGCACGACAGAUGAAAGUGACAACCACCAUUCUCUCCGUCACUGCACCGGGGCCAGCAAUCGAGCCAGAAGUUGCAGAAGCAGCAGCCCUAGCACGCAGCUGCAAUGAAUCAGCUGCUGCUAUUCGGGAUGCCCAACCCGGCCAAUAUGGCUUCUUCGCCUCGGUUCCCUCCCUAUUUGACACGGAGGCUGUUUUGAAGGAAAUUGACUACGCCUAUGACACCCUUCAAACCGACGGAGUCACGUUGUUUACACGCUAUGGCUCAGGUCCUCAUUAUCUGGGCCAUGAAGCGUUCCGACCUAUCUGGGCUGAUCUCAGUCGCCGUGGUGCCGUGGUCUUCAUUCACCCGACGCAUCCGGUUGACACGCAGCUCAUCAACCCUUGGCUUCCACAGCCUAUGUUUGACUAUCCGCACGAGACUGGUCGAGCUGCGAUGGAUCUGCUAACUAGUGGUAUUAUUCGAGAUUAUCCAGGAUGCAAGAUCAUUCUCUCCCACGCGGGUGGGACUUUGCCGUAUCUCAUCUAUCGGGCUGCUACUAUGCUGCCUUUGAUGCCUCAAACGCUGGGUUUGUCGACGGAAGAGCUAGUUGAGGAUGCUAGAGGCUUCUACUUUGAUACAGCUAUCUCGUCCAACCCGGUCACUUUGAAGGCGCUGUUUGAGUUCGCUGCACCAGGCCAUGUGCUCUUCGGAAGUGACUUUCCCAAUGCUCCGGGUGAUGCUAUUCAGCAUUUCACGCGAUUCUUAGAGGAGUAUGAUAUGUCAUAUGAGACCAAGCUACAGGUCAAUAGUGGUGCAGCAUUGGAGCUAUUCCCGCGACUGAAAGGGAUCCUGGACCAAGCGAGGCUCUGA